CAUCAUCCCGCUGCGUCUGCUUGCACUUCGCCGACUGCCUGCACGCCACAUACUCUGGCCCGCACUCCCGCUACCAGCGUACCUGCACUUUUAGCGCACCGCCAGCUCUCGCUCUCAUCCACGCGCCAUGUACCCCUCGCGCAUCGGCCAAGGCCGCGGCGGUCGGCCCGGCGGCAGCAGCGGCGGCGGCGGUGGGCCUUCGCAGGGCGGCGGCAGCCGUGUGUGCCAGAAGUGCCUCAAGCCUGGCCAUGCGACGUUUGAGUGCAAGAACGCACGCCCUUACGUGCCGCGCCCAACGCGCUCGCAGGCCUUCAACGACCCCAAGAUCCAGAAAAAGCUCGAGCGCACGAUGGAGGUGAAGCCGCCGGAGGCGGAGGACAUUGCCGGCACAGCAGAUACGAUUCUGGCUUCGCGUGCGGCCGCGCGAGCCGCAGAGAGCAGCACAGCUGCACCCAAGGCUGCGCGGGCUGCAUCUAGCUCCUCGUCCUCGUCCAGCUCCUCCUCCUCGAGCUCGUCGAGCGACUCGGACUCGGACAGCAGCAGCUCAUCGGGCGACGGCAAGCGGCGGAAGCGCAGCAGCCGGCGCCGCCGUCGCAGCCCGUCCUCGAGCUCCGGCUCGGACUCGGACGACUCGCGCCCGGCGCGCCGCCGGAGACAAGACUCUCGCGACCGCUCGGCCUCAUCCAGAUCGCGCUCGAGGUCGCGUAGCUCCAGUGCUGGCCCGGCCAGAGCUCGCGACUACGACACUCCGCCGCCGCGUCGCGCUAGAAGCCCAACACGCUCGAGAUCACCGGCUUCGUCGCGCUCAGACAGCUCGGAGAGACGGUAGUGGGGCGCUGCAGGAGGAGUAUCACGGGUGGGAUUGCAGGCGGGUGGAUCGCAAUGCGAUGCGGGAAAAGGCUGCUCGCUCAGUCAAGUGUCAUGCAAACAAGCGUGUCGUCCGACAGCUCGUCCAGCGAGAGAGGCGCAGCGAGGCUCUCGAUGCUGCAGCACGCGUCCUGCGCAUCGUCUCGCUGCUGAUGCACAGCAAGCACAUGCGAUGCAUGCGACUCGUGCAUGGCGGCGCGCAGCUCGUGGAGAGUCUCGAAGUCGUCUGGCUCGAGCUCGACC